UUCUGUUGCUUUUUCAAUCUCCCGUAUGCCUGAUGUAUUUUGUGAUUUUCCUUCUGAAUUAUUAUUUUUAUCAAAGAAACGCAAAAUGACACUAUGUAAUAAAAUACUAUGUUAAAUGUGCCUAAAUUCAUCUAUAUGGAUGAUUGUAUUAUGUGUUGAAUGUGACGCUAGUGAAUAUUAUGUGUGAUAAAGGUUACAAGACCAGAAUGAAACAUACUUGUGCUUUGUAGUUAUUAAUUAUUGCGAAAAAUGGAACAUUCAGACUUAGUGGCGGAGAUGGCACAGGUGGAGCACCUCACAACACAGGAGAGGCUUCAUCUUGCUAGAAGACGCCGCAUGCAACAACUGAAACUAUGGCAACAGAGAGAGAAAGAGUGGGCUCGAUCACGACCGAAGAGAGAGAAGAGUAACAAACGCAAUAUAUACUUCAAUGAUAGUGUUAUGCUAUUAGAGGCAGCGGCAAGGAAUGAUAUCGAUGAAGUAAGAAGAUUAUUGGCCAGAGGUGUAACCCCUGACGCUACCAACGAAGAUGGGUUAACUGCACUACAUCAAUGCUGUAUAGAUAAUAAUGAAGCUAUGAUGCGGCUUCUAUUAGACAAUGGAGCGAAUGUUAACGCAGAAGAUAGUGAAAAAUGGACGCCUCUACACGCGGCAGCUACCUGUGGCAACCUAAACCUUGUAAGGAUAUUAAUACAAAGAGGGGCGAACUUAUUAGCUGUUAAUGGAGACGGGAAUAUGCCAUAUGAUAUUUGUGAAGAAGAAAGAACGUUAGAUGCGAUAGAAAGUGAAAUGGCAGCUAGAGGAGUAACGCAAAGAUUGAUAGAUGAAACCCGAGCGGCGACAGAAAUGAAGAUGUUAAUGGAUGUCGCAGAACUAGUCAAGGAAGGAAUGGAUUUAGAUGAGCCUAGAGAUAAUCAGGGUGCUACUUUGUUGCACAUAGCAUCAGCAAACGGGUACCUGAAGGUGGUAGAGUUCCUGCUGGAGCAGCGCGCCAGCACCGACGUGGUCGACCACGACAUGUGGCAGCCGGUGCACGCCGCCGCCUGCUGGGGACAUUUAGAAGUAUUAGAACUACUGGUGCAGUACGGUGCGGACCUCAAUGUACGCAACAAGCACGACGAGACGCCCGCCGGUCAGUUCAUUAACACUUUUUAUUUAUAUAAUACAACAUUGCCUACCUUAAAUAUCACAAAGCAGCUGGCGGCGAAGGCGGACGCGCGCGGCGAGGCCCGCCUCAGGGAGACCUUCGACUGCGCGCAGGAUGAGGACUUGCAGGGUCUGUCUAACGGAGUGGAAAAUGAUCAAAACACAGCUAACCAACUUCCAUCUAGCGAUUUAACGCACAAUCGCCUAUCGAUUAGCUCCACUACGUCCAAUCAGAGUUACGAUUCUGGUAACGUAGAUUACGCCGUACCCAAACACACCUACAACCAACGACUACCUUACAAACCGAACGAGGAAACAAACGAAAAGACAAACAAUCAAGCGAAAAUAUCAAAUCCACUGUUCGGUGUAAACGCAGCCAUUCAUUACGCACCUGCACCAGUAAAUCAAGAAGCGAAUGAUAAAUAUGAUAGAACGUUACCCAACGGUGUAAGAAAAGCCCCUGAAGGUCAGGAUAAUGAAGCGUUCAAGAAUGAAGACGCGAUAGAUGGUAGGAAAGAGGUGAUGGUGACUCCAAACCAGAUCGCAAUAACAGAUGGCAGCACCGCGACCUACACCACAGAUAAUAAUGGUAAAAUCAAUGUUCAUGUCACCGUCAUGAUUAACGCAGGAACGUUAGCAGACUUAAAGAAACAAAGAGCACAAAUAAGAACAAACGGAAGUCCAGUAGAGAACAGUUUACAUUCAACGACCAACCAUAGUAUGAACUCGUUACCGGAAGGUGUAACAAAGCAGGAGGGGUCAAACCAAGUGGUGCAGUCUCCCAGCGUCACAGUGCCGAGGUUCUCGGGGCACACCAGUGAAGUGGUAGGUGAUACAAAGUCACAUCGGUGCUGUAUUAUUAUGUAAUGUAUUGGACAAACUACCCUCAACUAGGUGGUUGUGUACAAGUCUGAAUGUCAUUCCAAAAAGUAUUUUUUAAACUAGCCAACGAUAUUUCUGUUCGUUUUAAUUGUUUGGAAUAUCAGAAAUCAAUAUUUGUACAAAUUCAAAUUCUCUUAAAUUAAUUUCAAAAGGAUUAAAUAAAUGAAUAUGGAGAUACACUUCCAGUUAUAAGAUUCCGUAUGUACUAAAGAAAUAAAUGCUAUAUACACAUAACAAUUAAAAUGAAUGGUUUAAAUAUCGUUUGUCGAAGCCUAAUUGCCGCCUCCUUGGAUAGAGGAAAAGUCCUUUUUUGCCAUUUUGCCUUCGCAAAGCAGCGGCUUGCCAACGUAAAGAAUGUGUGAUAGUGACGUAAGAGCUCAACUUAUAUCGGUUAGGUAAAAUAUGGUAGCCGUUAAUAAUACGUAGAAAAUUAUUAUUAUUGUCUAGUUAUUAAUAAUUGUUGUAUAUCUUUCGUUGUAUCUUUCCUAAUUAAACAUUCCAUUAUUUUAUUGAUUAUUUUGAUGACAUUGAUGUUCGGAAAUUAUUAAUUAUUGCAUUUUAAUGAUAUUAAAUUUCCGUGCUCGUGUUUGCAAUCAAAUUGAUAACUGAUAUUUUUAAUUUAUUGGUGCAAUUACAAGGUAACUAUUCUACAUUGUAUUAAAUAGUUUGCACAAAUAUAUUUAUUUUUCACUGUGUUUUGAAUGUCCGCAUAUGGCAGCUAAUUAAUGAAAAAGUUCCUUAGCAAAGUAGUGCAUUUUAAAAACGUUAUUGUUACAUGCAUUUUUAUUCGAUUUUAAUGAAUCGUUGAUUAAAAUUCGAUACGAUUUCCUUCGAUUUAUUAAUUUUAUUAAACAAUAUAUCGAUACAUAUUCAAAUACAAUUGUGUUGAAAAGAAAUGAAUACGUAAUAUUUUAAAAUGUAAAUCUUUAACUUCUACUUGCAACUAUUGUUAUGUUAACGUAAUAUACAUACUACAUAUCAAAACUUAACAUACAUGAAAGAUUUAACACUUAGACAAUUUAUUUGGUAAAACGGAACGUAUUACUAAAGCGCUCGUGAAAUGAUCAAAUAUGUUAUCAAGGUACAUCAUAUCAUAUAAUAAAUGUCUAAGAUUUUUUCACCCUUUGGUUAUUUGUCAGGCAGAUAAAAUAUUACAAUAAAAAAACAG